UGUUCAGUGGGUGGGGCGGAACCCACGGGGUGAGGAACGUGGAUGCAAUUAAAAGCCGUGCAUGAGGCUCGAGAGCAGCAGCGGCGCUACUGCUGUUCGGCACCGACGCACGACGAUGUUCCACCUGGAUUAACGCGCAAAGCCGACGACGCGUGGACUCCGGAAGCGUUUCCUCCCAGCGCCUUGAACCUCCCGCUGCUUGUGUGAUGGCUGCGGUGUCUUCUGAUGUAGGACUUUGGCUUCUCGUCGUGGUGACCGCAUCUUUGGCAAACGGUUCUUCAUGGAUCGCAGACGUCAGCCCGAGCAGCGAGGCUGAGGCCGCGCUGAGCACGGCCCCUCAGCCAAGAGCCGCCUCUGAGGCCGAGGUGGAGCCCAGCGCCGCCGGCGAGCUGCCGGGAGCCAGGAGGCGUCAGAAGAGAUGCACGUGCUACACGUACAAGGACAAGGAGUGCGUGUAUUACUGCCACCUGGACAUCAUCUGGAUCAACACACCAGAGCACACGGUGCCGUACGGCAUGUCCAGCUACCGGGGCUCCGUGCGCACCAGACGUGCUGCCAGGGCCGAGCAGGGGCCGAGGCCGGGGGGGGGGGCCCGUCGCUGCGCCUGCACGCUGGAGUCCGACCCUGGCUGCAGCAACUUCUGCAUGGACAGCAGUCACAGGACACCACAGCAGCCACCGGACCAGAGGACAGGAGCUCCCAGUCAGCCUGGAAUCAACAGUGGACCAUGACGACCUGAGGCCCACUGUCUUUGCUGAAGACAUUCCCUCAUUUAGAAGACGCUGCGUGUCCAACCGCACAUCUGUAGAUAGAUGCCAGUUUGUCCUGUGCUGAGUGCCUAGUCAUCAGACUGACGGGUGGAGAACUGCAGGUCGGGAGGGGCAACAGCCGAGUGAAUGCCCCCAGCGCUCUGCGCCUGCGCCUGCGUCUGCACCUGGGUCUGCGCCUGCGUCUGCGUAUGCGUCUGCGUCUGCUCAACAGGUGUAGGCAACGUUUUUAUUACCCUGUCGCCGCUGAGGACGGUUUGUGUGGAGCGUUGAAGUAAAAAGUGUUCCUGUGGAAGCCACUUCUAGAGACUGAUCACACGGAAGCAAAGGGAGUGUAUGAAAUAUGCCAGCAUUCUUACGGUGACUGUUCUCUGUGCAUGGAGCUAUUACGUUCCAAAGUUAAUUCUACUAAAUAACUCCUCUAAUUCUAAUAAGCUAUAUUCAUGCCAAGUGGACAGUAUAUGAAAUUUCUUUCUGUAUUCACAGGCUUUAAUUUAUAUUUUGGUACAAGACUGUAACUGUGUAUAAUAAUGUUGAGGCUUAGCCCUCUGAGACAAUAGAUGGUACAUGUGGGACCUUGUAUUUAGCAUUUUUUCAUUCCAACCAUGCGGACGGACAAAUGUCACAGGAAGUAAAUAAUAAAUGAGCAGUAUUGCAGGACAAAAGCAUGGGUUGCUCACUCCGGUUUUAUUUAAGCAUAUUUAAAAUGAAACAGCCGGACUUACUUUACAUCCACAAACAUUGAGCUUAUUGUUUUACAUUAUUAUUUACUACACUUCAGAUUGUUACCUUAUUGUAUUGUGGUUGAUUUUGUUUGCCAUUUUAACCCUGACCCAAUAAAAAGUCUGUCAUGUCUGAAA